UCUUUCGUCACUAGAUAUUUCGCCACUAGGCUGCGACACACGCGUUCUGACCUCUAUUUCAAAUCCGUAAGUCCGUUGAACGUGCCAACGUGCUGCAUUCAAUGUGGACGAAUGUGGAAGUUAAAGGGAUAAACAGGGGAUAAAUGACUUGUUGGGACUUGAAACCAUCUGGCAGACUCUAUACACUGAAGAAGGAAACGAAGGAGGUUGGGAGAGAUACUUUUGAGAGUUGAAGAGAGCGUUGUGGACCCGUAUCGCAAAUGGAUUCUUCCUUUCUUACUUUCUCCCCCAAGGCUCUUUCAAAGAAAAAAUUGAAUGGCAACAUUGUGCAAGGACCAGUUAAAUCUAGGAUACUGAGAUCCAAAGUUUGUCCUCUUCAAGAUGCUCGCUGCUCUCCAUCCAGUCUUUAUAACAUUAAAAAUAAUCGAAGGGAAUCUACGGAGUCAAAGAAAUCCAGUGUGCUUGAGGAUUCUGUUGUUCUAAUAAGCGAGAAAAUUAAUAGCAGAAGUACUCCCCACGUUCCCAAACUUUUUAAUACUGAUCAAGAAAGAACUGCUUCAACUUUGAUUUCUAAGAAUGUGAAAAGUGGCGAAAUUCAGAGAGCCGCAAAUGACAAAUUUGAUGAAAUUUUAAGUUGGUUGAAUGAACUUUACACAGCUCAUGAAAGAAAAAGGUUCUCAUCACCAUGGUCAACUUCAAAUUCGAGUUCUGUGGUUGAAUGUUCUCCUGUCUCAUCGAAUCCCCCAAAAUUGGGUACUGAAAAUACUUCCAAAAAUAGAAUAUCAGAAACUAGCAGCGAUGAAAGUUCGAAAAGCCGCCAGCAAAAUAAUUUUUUGAGUUCGGAUUAUAAUUGCAACAGUCAAGAAUUUGAGAACACUGAUAAUUUUAAGGGAGUGAUACCAGAGAGUAGUGAUGAUGCAAGUGAAAUACAGGGGAAAGUGAGGCGUAAAAAGGUGUGCCUUAAUUUUAGUGAUAGUGAGUGUGAAGAUGGCAGUAGCAAUUGGUCUCAGACCUCAUCAAUUGGCAACAAAUCUGAUUUAAUUUCCAAAAAGUCAGACAAAGAUUCAAAGUCAUUACCAUGCAGUGAACAAGGUAGUAAUCUGUCCCAUUCAUCUUUGGGGAAAAAGAAAACUGAUUCAGUUUCUAGUAAGUCUAGUGAGGAUUCUUUUAAGUUAUCAUUACCACGCAGUAGACGCAAGAAUGUGGAUUUAAUUUCCAAUAAGUCUAGUGAAAUCUCUUUAAAGUUGUCAUUGCCUCGCAGCAGUGAUGAUGGUGGCAGUUGCUCCAGGACAAGCUAUCACAGUGAUGAAAGUAUCAUUUCAGUAAGUUCAGCUGAUAGAAUUAUAUCUAACCUCUAUGCCAAAAACUGGAACAAGGAAAGUGUGUUGACACCAGUAGUUCAGAAAAGAAAAACUGUUACAAAGAAUCCAAAUUCUGAGAUAGACACAGGGUCCAUUGAUGCAACACUAUCCCAAUUAUAUGGAAAGAAUUGGGAUGAAGAAAAAAUUCUGACGCCGCUCUUAAAUAGAAGGAAAGUUAGAAAGGGAAAGGAGAACACUCCUCCUGUAAAUAAGAAGGAAGUGAAUGCUAAAAGACCCUUCUUAACUCCCAAAACACAAGUUCCUCAUCCUGGUAUCAAUGCACCAAAGACCUGUCCUUUAAAAACAGGGGUUUCAAAAAUCAAACAAACUUUUGAAACUUUGAGUUUCUUGCGGUCCUUAUCUGUUUGUUCCCCUAAGAAGAGUAACCCUGAAGCUCUUCUUUAUAAAAAAGACUUCAAAAAGAAGAAGGAUGAAUUGUGUUCCAGACUUUUUAAAUUAUUUAAUGCAGAAGUAUUUGAAAAUAAGGUGUGCAACACAGCUGAUAGAGUUCGUGAUACUCUUAUUCAUGAACUUUGCCAUGCUGCUUCAUGGAUUAUUGAUGGUGUUAAGAGUGGACAUGGUGCAGUUUGGCAAGCCUGGACUAAGAGGGCCACUGCAAGAUUUCCUGAACUCCCACGCAUUGGAAGAUGUCAUUCAUACAGCAUUGAAACAAAGUACACCUAUAAAUGCAAGAACUGUGGUUACAGCUUUGGACGGCAUUCCAAAUCUUUGGAUCUCCAGCGUAAACGUUGUGGCUACUGUUAUGGAGAAUUUGAUCUACUUGUCAACAAAAAACCUCGAAGUACCAAAACGGCUUCUUCAGGAGUGCAGUCUUCUCCUAAAACACCACGAGCAGUAUCUGGGUUUGCUUUGUAUGUGAAAGAGAAUUACAAAACUACAAAAGAAAAAAAUUCUGGCCUUAAACAUGCAGACAUAAUGAAGCUUUUAGGGACUCAGUUCUCAGGUAUGAAAAUAGGUCCAUCGCAGCAAAUUUAAUUGUUCUUGAAUUUCAGUAUGAUUGUAAAACAUCUAUAUUGAAAUGUAUGGAUUGAAGUUCAUUUUCAUGGUAAAAGGCAUUGUUCUGUUUCUUCCACACAGAAGUAGCUCAUUUUCAACUCAGAAGAUUUGAAAACCAAAGUAUUGACAAAUCCAAUGAACUGUUUCAUUGUGAUGAACUAUUUUAACAAGAGUAUUUGUAUUGUGUAGAUAAAGGUUAUGUUUUAAUGUUUUGGAUGAAUUCAUUGUUCAACUUAUAAUUUAGGAUUAGAAAAUUAGAACUUCAAGAAAUUUUUUUUGGCACUCCAAUAAAUUUGAUACUGUGGUUUGGCAAAUGCCAGCUAGUUGUGAUAUUUGUCCUGUUUUGUAUAGUCUUGGCUGUAAAUUGUUACUAACGUAAUGUAUGAAUUUAGUGGUUUUGCAAUAAAAUUAUUUAUUGUGAUAGAGUUGUAUCCUAUUUAAAUAUAUAAAUAUUACACAGUUUCUCAGGGCCACCAGAUAAUAUUUUAAAACUCAGGAUUGUUAAUCAUAUGCAAGGUUUUUUAAGUAGCUGAUGUAAGGGUUGUUAACUACUUGAAACAAAGAAACUGGUAUUUAAAUCACAAGCAUGUGGUUUUCCAUAAUUUGGUGUAGUUUUUGCGAUUUAAUUUUAUAGGCUCUCUGUACAUUUGUUUUUUAUAUUGUGUAUAUUGUAAUUAAGUGAAGUGAUUUCUGUUUCUACAAUUUAAGUAAUUUAUUUUUCAAUUUUGUUGCUUUAAAAGUGUACUACAACACUAUAUAUUGUACUUAAGUUUGUGAUGUAUGCUAAGGAUUUAAGAAAUACUGAAUUUACACCUCUUCAAAUCCUGUUUGGUUUGGCUAAUGCAUUUUUCUGAGAAGAAUGCACUAUGCAAAACUUACAAAUUUAAAUAUAAUGAUUCCAUUGUGUAAAACUUGACCAUGACUUUGUAUCAGUGAGAAAUGUAAUGCAUCAAAUGUGCUACAUAUUGUUAAUGGUGUGAAGUAAGUGUUGUAUCAAUUUACCUUAAAAAAUAUAUAUUAUUUACUUUUAUAA